CUUCCAAAAAGACCACAUUUAAACAGUUUUACUUUCAUCAUCCAUUCCUUACAUUGCUCAAAACUCCCCACCAAUCUCUCUCUUCUUCCUUUAUAUAUACUUCAGUAAUAUGUCCACAGCAGUUGAAAAGCCAGUGCCGACUGGUAAUGGUUUGAACCGUAAAGGUUCCCGCAAAGGCAAGAAAGCCUGGCGCAAGAACAUCGAUAUCAAAGAUGUAGAGACCAACUUGGAAGAAUUGAGAGCCGAAGAACGUACUACCGGUGGUAAAGUACACCAACAGUCAAACGAGAGCCUCUUUACAUUAGAUACCAGAGGUGAUGGUAAAGUGAUCAAGGAGCUCCGCAAGAACCGCCCUUUAAAGAUGGAUGAGAUCCUUGCAGAGCGUAGCAAGAUUCCAGCUGUUAGUGGUCAUAAGAAAGCCUCAUCAACAACAACACCUAUUGCAGCUUCUAAAAAGGAUGCAAAGAUUUCAAAAGCAGAGAAGGCUCGAUUACUUGAAAUGAUCAAGAGAAAGACAUCCCAAUCACUUUUUGCACCUGUCACGAAGAUUCAGGGACGAUCAGGUAUGACAGAUGCUGUCAAGGCAGCCGGUCGCUUUGAUGUUUGGGAUGAUGACUCAGGGAAGAAGGAUCAGAAGGAAGAUGCAAAGGAACAGGAUAUAGCUGUUGGAGGAGGAGAAGAAGAAAAAGGAGAUGAUGAUGAAUCAAAGGAAAUGGAGGUCGAUUUUAUUUCGGACAUUGUGACUAAAGGUACAGUCAAGGCACCUAAGUCAUUCAAGCAAAAACAGAAAGUUGCUAUUCCUGCUGUUAAAGAGGCGCAUCCAGGUGCCUCUUAUAACCCUACAAUGCAAGAUCAUCAGGAGUUGUUGCGCCUUGCACAUGAGGAAGAAUUGAGGAUUUUGGCAGAAAGGGAGAAGGUCGAGGCUAAAUUAGCUUAUCCAAAGGAACUGGAUCAAAUGGUAGCAUUCGAUGACCAGACGGGUGGAUUAUUGGAGGAUUCUGAUGAUGAAGACGAAGAUGAGGAUGAGGAUGAGGAUGAGGAUGCUGACGAAAAUAACGAUGCUACAACGCCAAAGAAGAAGAAAGGCAAGAAGACCAUUACUGAGAGGAACCGUCUCGCGCGUGCGGCCGAAAGAGCCAAGAAGGAGGCAGAAAUCAAGAGAGAAAAGGAACUCUUGAAGCAGACUAAUAAGGUUAAAGAACUCAUGAAGGCUGUUGAGCAGGAAGAAGCUGAAGCUGAGAAGAAGCGAUUAGAGAGCGAGAAAAAGAGAGAAGAGAAGGAAAAGGCUGGUAUGAAGCGUGUUGGCCGGUUCAAUAUCCCAAAGGAAAGGAUACAUGUUCAACUGCAGGAUGAACUUUCAGAGUCGUUGAGACAACUCAAACCAGAGGGCAGUGUGAUGAAGGACCGCUUCCAAAGCUUUGUAGAACGUAACCUUAUCGAACCUAGAGUUCCUGUCGCUAAGCGUCGCAGAUACAAACUCAAGACAUAUGAGAAGCAUUCGUACAAGCGUUUCGAUAACCCUAAACAUGCUUAAAUGUCUGAUUAAUCCUUUUUGGCAUUUCCCUUUAUUAUUCAUUACCAAUUUUUAUUUUCUUUUUCUUUAUCACCAUCCCCCAUCACUACCGUUAUUAUCACAAACAUUAUCGCUAUCAUUGACACUGCUAUUGCAUUAGACAUGCAC